AUGUCAACGGGACUUACACGAAGAAGAGGUGGUGGUGGGGGUGCUAGUGCCGAGAACGAGAAUGGGGAUUCCUCUCGGGUGGCUUCACCGGCACCAAAGGCUGGAGGGUCUCGAGAUACCGGCGGACCAGAAACAUCAUACGAGAGCGGUGAAAAUGGACACAAAAUCGCAUUUGAUCCCAGGGAUAUCAGCGAGAGUACUGAGCGCAGCAAGCAGCCUAAGCUUACGCUGAUGGAGGAGGUGCUGCUAUUGGGGUUGAAAGACAAGCAGGGAUACCUCUCCUUUUGGAACGACAAUAUAUCUUACGCGCUUCGAGGAUGUAUCGUUAUCGAACUCGCAUUUCGAGGGCGGGUUAGUAUGCAGAAAGAUUCCUCUAGGCGCCGAUUCCCCCUCGCCGAUCGUGUUAUUGAGGUCAUCGACGACACAUUGACCGGUGAAGUUCUGCUGGACGAGGCGCUUAAGAUGAUGAAAGCUAGUGAGAAGAUGAGCGUUAGCUCGUGGAUUGACUUGAUGAGUGGUGAAACUUGGAAUCUUAUGAAAAUCGGAUAUCAAUUAAAACAGGUUCGCGAGCGUCUCGCAAAAGGCCUUGUUGAUAAGGGAAUCCUCCGAACCGAGAAGAGAAAUUUCCUGCUAUUCGAUAUGGCGACACAUCCAGUUGCAGACGGAGGCGCAAAGGAGGAAAUACGCCGUAGGGUUAGGAACGUUUUGACACAGCGAACAGUGGUUCUUCCAGGCAGUCAAUUCCUCCCAGAAAAUCUCAAAUUCAGAUACACUCGUACCAUUGCAAUGGUAUGCGCAGCUUAUGCCGCGAACGUGCUCGAGAAUGCGCUCGCAAGCUUAGGUCAUGAGUCUAGAGAAAGGGCCUUUGCCCAGGUGGACGAAUUACUAGCAGAGUACAGCCAAUGGCCUUUUGGAAAGAGAGCUGGAGGGGCUUCCGGCGGUGUUGGCGCGAACUUGGGACAGGUUAUUGCAGAAGAAGUUGCCAAUGGCAAGGAUGAAGAGCUGCAACUUGAGGUGGUAGCAGCUUGUCUUAGCGUGUUCACAAGACUGGACUCGCUCCUAUAA